CAGAGAGGGGAGUCGAGAGCUCUGCUGGGAACUACAUGGUGCUCAAUUUUUCAAGAUGUCGUCGUUGGAGCAGAGGCUGUCGCGAAUCGAGGAGAAACUAAAGCAGGAAAAUGAAGACGCUCGCCGGAGAAUCGACCUUAACAUCGACAUGAGUCCGCAGCGACCACGUCCGAGGCCAAUCAUCGUGAUCCAGCUCAGUCCUGCUCCAGCCCCUUCCCAGCGUGCAGCGCUCCAGCUGCCGCUGGCCAAUGAUGGAGGCAGCCGUUCAUCAUCUUCAGAGAGCUCCCCUCAGCACCACCCCUACCCCAGCCGUCCGCGACACAUGCUCACCCUGCCCACACCUCCGUACGGCCUGCAGAAGAGCUUAGAGAAUGCAGAGAUCGACCAGAAAUUGCAGGAGAUUAUGAAACAGACGGGUUACCUGAAGAUCGAUGGUCAGCGGUAUCCAGCGGAGGUGACGGACCUGAUCAGUGAGGGGGAGAUCGGCAGCGGGACCUGUGGACAGGUCUUUAAAGUACGAUUCAAGAAGACUGGCCAUGUCAUCGCUGUCAAACAAAUGCGUCGUACAGGAAACAAGGAUGAGAACAAGAGGAUCCUGAUGGACCUGGAUGUGGUGCUGAAGAGUCAUGACUGCCCUUACAUCAUCCAGUGCUACGGCGCCAUAGUUACCAACACGGAUGUAUUCAUUGCCAUGGAGCUGAUGGGAACGUGUGCUGAGAAGCUGAAGAAGAGAAUCCAGGGCCCCAUCCCAGAGCGAAUCCUUGGAAAGAUGACAGUGGCAAUAGUGAAGGCGUUGCUGUACCUGAAAGAGAAACACGGUGUCAUCCACCGAGACGUCAAACCCUCCAACAUCCUCCUGGACGCUAAAGGUCAGAUCAAACUGUGCGACUUCGGCAUCAGCGGACGCCUCGUUGACUCCAAGGCCAAGACCCGCAGCGCCGGUUGUGCUGCUUACAUGGCGCCUGAGAGGAUAGACCCUCCAGAUCCCACCAAACCUGACUAUGACAUCCGAGCAGACGUGUGGAGCCUUGGCAUCUCUCUGGUGGAGCUGGCCACGGGACAGUUUCCCUACAAGAACUGCAAGACAGACUUUGAGGUUCUGACCAAAGUGCUGCAGGAAGAUCCUCCUCUGCUGCCCCUCGGCAUGGGUUUCUCCCUGGACUUCCAGUCCUUCGUCAAAGACUGCCUCACAAAGGAUCACAGAAAAAGGCCAAAAUACCACACGCUGCUGGAGCAUAAUUUCAUCCGCCGUUACGAGGUGUUGGAGGUGGACGUGGCCGGUUGGUUCCAGACGGUGAUGGAUCGCACCGAGUCGCCUCGCAGCAGCCAGUGUUACAGCCAUCAGCACCAGCUCCACUCGCUCUUCAGUAGGUAGCCUAGCCCAGCCCGGCGUUAGCUUAGCCAGACGCUAGUCUUGCCUAGCUUUAGCUUUGCCAAGCCCAGACAGUCUGUCCUAGUCAAGCCCAGCGUUAGCAGCUAAGCGUAGCGUUAAACCCAGCCCGCCUGUCCAUCUGUCCACCGGAGAACCUGAAGAAACCAGGGAGGAGGGGGAGAGACGGAGACUUGAUGGAGUGAUGGACGGAGACAUGGACUGAUGGAUGGAUGGAUGGAUGGAUGGAUGGAUGGAUGGAUGGAUGGAUGACACAAGUGGUUCUGUUUAUCAGUGUGUUGAAUCUGGACAGGCAGACAUGGGAAGGAGGGGGAGAGAAAAAGGUGCACACUGCAGUUAGCUUCAUUUGUUUACACACUGUUGCGUCUCGUCACACUAUCAUAUCACGUCACAUCACUGUGUGUAACAGCCACACACACACUCACAUGCAAACUGUGUGUGUAUCUUGUAUGUGUUUCUACAUUUCGUCCACUCGUCAUUAGUUUCUCACCUACAUGUCUGUCUCCAGCAUUGAUCCAAGCCGUUGGAGAAGUCAACAGAGUAGUCACUACACACUGGAUUAAAGCAUCUGCUACAUUAGCAAACCUGAAACUCUAUUGUACAUAAAUGUUCUGGAGGGCAACAAUGUCCGGUGCAAUUAUGAUUCUUCAGGUGUUUCUAUUAUCAUACAUUCUCAGGCUCUCUCUGUGUGUGUGUGUGUGUGUGUGUGUGUGUGUGUGUGUGUGUGUGUGUGCGUGCGUGUGCGUGGGUGUCUCCUCGCCAUUUUCACCUUCACACUACAGCUGUAACACACAAACCACAUUUAAUUAAUCAGUUAGCUGUGCUUCAUUUUUAAUAUUUAAGGAUAGUAACUCUCUAUUAACUUUCAAAUAUCCGUCAUUGUAUUUAGCAGCUGCACAAUUGGAAAAACAAUGAAAAAGACUUACAAAAAAAAUAGUGUUGCAUUUUAGCUUUUUAGAGAAUUUGCGUUUGUUUUUUUUUGUCAGAAUUACUUAGAUAAACUAAAAGGGAUGCAGGGAUACUAAGAAGAGAAGAGAUACGUUUGAAAGGAGAAGGAGAUUUUUUUCGUGGUGUAGGAGAGAAAAGCGGAGAAAGUAGAAGAAGGGAGUUGUACUCGAUGGCGAUUUGGAAGCUUGAAUAACUGUUACAAGUGUGAGAAAUGAAAGAGAGCUUGCAGGUACAAAUGGGAGCAGAGUGUUUUUUCAUUGAGAAGGCCAAGAACAGGAGCUUAUCUUAUACUAAAUAUAUGAGUGGGGUAGAUCUUAUUACCUGUGGAGCAUUUCUUUACUCUCGGUUGGUCUACCUCUUCCUCUUUGUCCACCUUUCUGUCUGCCUCUUCUGUGUAGUGGGAUCUAGUGCUCCACAGUGUUACCAAACCAAAGGCUGCGUGUAGGUUGUUGGUAAAGAACGUUUCUUUGUGUUUUAAGAACCUAGAUCAGGGGUCUCAAACUACAAGCCUAAGGUCACAUCUGGCCCAUGUGUAUCGAUUCUUGAACUGACUCACAAAUCAGUUUGUUGUUUUGUCUUCUCGUGAAGGUUUUUAGUCUUUAUAGUCUUUAACUAACAAUUUCAACAUCUCUCAAUCGCUAUUCAUCUCCUAAUUAUUUUCUCAAUUAAUCAUUCAGUCAGAAAUUUUUUUCCAAGGGUCAGGGUCAUAAUUGCUUUCCAAAAUGAUUUUCAGUUUGCAUCGUCUAAAGAAUAGCAGCAAAUCUGCACAUUUGUAAUACUGAAACCAGUGAUUUUUUUUUUGUGGCAGUUAUGCUUGAAAAAAAAGAUUUAUCAACUAUCAAAAUGGUUGUAGAUAAAUUUUCUGGUCAAUCGACUGAUUAAUCAAAUAAUCUUACCUAUCUACCAAAAGCUAAGACCAACAGCAGUCAUAUUUAGCCUAGUACAAUUGACACCUAAUGUGGCAGUUGUAUCAGUCAUCUAAGGACAACGCUGUCGUUCUCUGGGCAUACAAUCUGAAGCAGCAUUAGGGUUAGUGUUUAAGCAGUGAUCUAGGAAAACCUGCCGGGCCAGUGGGGGCCCAGGUAAUUUGAAUUUGAGACCCCUGAACUAGAGGAUUGUUAAGAUAAAAUCAAGUGUGUCAGGUUUGAUAAACAAGGCAAACCUGAACUGGUCAGUGUGUUUGAAACUGUAAUGUGUAGAUAUACGUUAACAGCGCAGGUUUUUAGAGACAGACUGACUAGAGUCCUACUGCCCCCACCCCC